GAUUCUCGAUGUCAAUUGAGUUCGAUAAUUGCAAAUGGUCGUUUAAUAACAGAUGAUUGAACGCAUUCUGCGGCGCGGUCUAGCAUUUAUCUGUCAAAACUGGUGACGGCCGGCCGAUCGGCGAUGAGCCGGCAUACGCGUGCCUGUUGAUUGUUUCGUGCUAAAGUUUUAGGUUAUCUACGUGAAUAUUUUAAUAAAAUACGUGUGUGUAUAUUUGUGCGUUUAACAUUACGUUUUCCGAGUGGCACAAACGCGUCGAUCGUAAAUAUUCUUUAAAUAAUUGCGUUCAUUAUUAUGUGACGGUAAAUUGGGAACGAAGUACACGUAGAGAGAAAGACAAAGAGAGAGCGACAACACGAGAAGGAAAAAACAAAGGAAAAUGCAAAACAUUCGAGUCUAUGUAUUCUGUUAUCUCAUCGUGGCAAUACUUUUUCUAGCGCCAUUCAAUUACGCUUCAGAUUUUUCUGCAGGAAAUGUCACAAAUCAAACCAAACAAUGCGAUACCCAAAAGAUGGAGAAUCAAUGCGAUGAAAAUGAGAGAUGCUUUCAAAAUUCGAAGGGGGAAAAAGCGUAUUGCAAAUGCAAGAUAGGUUACGACCUGGAGAAAGGCCGGUGCGUCCAGGUUACAAUUACCACGGUUGCCAGUGUAACUGAUCAACCAAACGUCAUGGCCAAUUCAGGAGGUAGUUCUGUAGCCGCUGGCUUGUUAAUACCAACUUUUCUCGUAGUAACGAGCGUAUUACUGUAUUUUGUCGCGAGGCGAUACAAAUGGUUACAACGAGUUCGACAGCUUCGUCCAAACCAUUACGGUAAUGUCCUAGUCACGAGAGACGACGAUGACGAUGACGAUCCACCUAUAGCGUAAGCAGACGUCUAAUAAUAAUAAUAAUAAUAAUAAUGGAAUAAUUAAUAUGUGUGCCGUGUACAAAGUGCGAAAGUUUUUAACAGAAACAUGAACUUUGACGCAGAAACGCUCAGUUACACAAUUCAUAAUUUUAAAGCGA